GAGCCUGACAGAAGGCUUUGAUUCUUGAGGCCAAAACUUUUUUUGGAGGCAGCUCUGUUUUGUGCUGGAAAUGGAAGGUCUCCCAAGAGGAUAAAGCAGCAUUUGUCAUGCAAAUACUGCCCUGUGCAGAAGUGAGGGAAGGCUGCUGCAGAAGUGAAUACAGGCAACAUCUUUGACCCCAGAACACAGGUCUGUGAGAGGAAAUCUCCAAGACUUUCAUAGAGGCAUUAGAAGGCUAUCCAAGCAGCAAAGUAUCUCAGGAUCAUGGCUGAUAAAAACCAGGAGAUUGGUGGCAUCCAUUUCCCUUUUCCCUUCACACCCUAUUCCAUCCAGAAAGACUUCAUGGCAGUGCUAUACCAGGUGCUGGAGGAUGGCAAGAUUGGGAUAUUUGAGAGUCCAACUGGCACUGGAAAAUCCUUAAGCCUUAUUUGUGGGGCUCUUUCCUGGCUUCGUGACUUUGAACAGAAGAAACGACAAGAGGAGGCACAUCUCCUUAAAACUGGAACUGCCCCCUCCAGUGAUGGGAAGGACCAGCCCCCAUUUAUUUUAUCCUCACAUCAAAAGACCCCAGACACUCUAAGGCCUCCUGGAGAACCUGACUGGGUUACUCAGUUUGUGCAGAAGAAAGAAGAAAGGGACCUGGUGGACCGACUGAAGAUGGAGCAGAUCAGGAGGAAGAAGCGAGAAGAACGCCUACAGCAGCUCCGUCACAAUACACAGCUCAAGUAUGCAGCCAAGCGUGAGAGACAGGAAGAAGAAGAGACAGAGCGUCUCCUCCGUCUCAGCAGGGACAUACUGGCGGCAGGAACGGAGGCCGAGCCGCUGGAGCAGCUAGCAUCUGGGGAGGAGGAUCUGGUCCUCUCGGAGUACGAGAGUGAUGAGGAGAAAGGAGCCCCUAACAGAUUAAACGAGGAUGAGGAUGACCUGGAGGAAGAACAUGUAACUAAGAUUUAUUACUGCAGUCGGACCCACUCCCAGCUGGCCCAGUUUGUGCAUGAGGUCCAGAGGAGCCCCUUUGGCAAGGACACCCGGCUUGUCUCCCUCGGCUCUCGGCAGAAUCUUUGUAUAAACCAAGACGUGAAAAGCCUGGGUUCUGUGCAGCUGAUUAACGACCGCUGUAUGGAGCUACAGAGGAGCAGACACGAGAGCAAGAGCCAAGCUGAGGACCAGGAACCCAAGAGGAGAAGGCAGGCACCCCGGGCUGCCUGUCCCUUCUAUGGCCAUAGGCACCUGCAGCUCUUCCAGGACCAGGUGCUGCUGGAGGUGAAGGACAUCGAGCAGCUGGUGGCCCUGGGGAAGGAGGCUGGUGCCUGUCCCUAUUAUGGGAGCCGGUUUGCCAUUCCAGCUGCCCAGGUGGUGGUGCUGCCCUACCAGAUGCUGCUGCACACGGCCACCCGGCAGGCCGCGGGGAUCCGGCUGCAGGGCCAGGUCGUGAUCAUCGACGAGGCGCACAACCUGAUUGACACCAUCACAGGCAUCCACAGUACGGAGGUCAGUGGAUCCCAGCUCUGCCAGGCACAUUCCCAGUUGCUCCAGUACAUGGAACGAUACAGGAAGCGUUUGAAGGCCAAGAACCUGAUGUACAUCAAGCAGAUCCUGUACCUGUUGGAGAAGUUUGUGGCUGUGCUGGGGGGGAACAUUAAACAAAAUCCCAAUACACAGAGCCUCUCACACACAGGGACAGAGCUGAAGACCAUCAAUGACUUUCUCUUUCAGAGCCAGAUCGACAACAUCAACUUGUUCAAGGUGCGGCGCUACUGUGAAAAGAGCAUGGUCAGCAGAAAGCUCUUUGGCUUCACAGAAAGGUAUGGGGCAGUCCUCGCACCCCCCAGGGAGCAGCCUAGACUGGCGGGGUUCCAGCACUUCCUACAGAGCCUGCAGCCCGGGGUGACUGAGGCUCCCACAGCCCCUGUGGAAGAGGGGGAGGCCAGGGUGCCUCGGCCUGCUUCCCCGCUGAUGCACAUCGAAGGCUUCCUGGAAGCUCUCACUACUGCCAACCAGGACGGCAGGGUCAUGCUGAGCCGCCAAGGCAGCCUCAGUCAGAGCAGCCUGAAAUUCUUGCUACUGAAUCCAGCAGUGCCUUUUGCCCAGGUGGUGAAGGAAUGCCGGGCAGUCGUCAUUGCGGGGGGCACCAUGCAGCCGGUUUCUGACUUUCGGGAGCAGCUGCUGGCAUGUGCUGGGGUGGAAACCGAGCGCCUGGUGGAGUUUUCCUGUGGUCACGUGAUCCCUCCAGACAACAUCCUACCCCUCGUCAUCUGCAGUGGGCCCUCUAACCAGCAGUUGGAAUUCACAUACCUGAAAAGAGAGCUGCCUCAGAUGAUGGACGAGACAGGUCGCAUCCUCUGUAACUUGUGCAACGUGGUGCCUGGAGGGGUGAUCUGUUUCUUCCCCUCCUAUGAGUACCAACGCCAGGUCCAUGCCCACUGGGAUAAGAGUGGCCUGCUGGCCCGCCUGGCUGUCAGGAAAAAGAUAUUUCAGGAACCCAAGCGAGCAAACCAGGUGGAACAGGUGCUGGCAGAGUAUUCCAGGUGCAUUCAGUGCUGUGGCCAGGCAGGAGGCAUGGUGACCGGGGCCCUGUUGCUCUCGGUGGUCGGAGGAAAGAUGAGUGAAGGCAUCAACUUCUCUGAUGAUCUCGGGCGGUGUGUGGUUAUGGUGGGCCUGCCCUACCCCAACAUCAAGUCUCCAGAGCUCCAAGAGAAAAUGGCCUACCUGGACCAGACCCUUCCCCGGACCCCAGGUCAGAUCCCCCCAGGAAAGGCUUUGGUGGAGAAUCUAUGUAUGAAGGCUGUCAACCAAUCAAUAGGGAGGGCCAUCAGGCACCAGAAGGAUUUUGCCAGCAUAGUGCUCCUGGACCAGCGGUAUGCCCGCCCACCUAUCCUGGCAAAGCUGCCAGCCUGGAUCCGAGACCGGGUGGAGGUCAAAGCCACCUUUGGCCCUGCCUUUGCUGCUUUGCGGAAGUUUCAUCACAAGAAGUCUGGCCUUUCCUGAGGGAUGGCCGCACCCAUCUGGAGUGCAGACCAGCCCCUUCUGGAAUCCCUGGUUGCCAGUAGGCGAAAAUUAGGUCGAUCCUGAACAAGCAGUCGCUCCUGGCCACCCAGGGCAGUUCCCCUCCCUGAAAUUGGUCUUUCUUGCUGUUCACACAUCCAGUUGAGCCCCCCUCCCUCGGCCAGCUUCCAGGGGCAGCUGUGGAAGCUGCACCUUCCACUUCAGUGUCUGCGCGUGCUCGUUUCUCAGCACCCUUUUCUCAGCGGCAAGAUGGAGCAGGCCUCUCCCGCCUCUCCCUUUUCUUCCCUUUUAGCUAAAAUUAGUGUUCUAAACCUUUGCUUUUCCCUCUAAAUUAAGAAUAUUCCCCAUUUCCGGCCCCUGGUUCUGGGCUCUUCUGCCCUCUGGCUUCUGGUUACUUUGACCCACUGCCACCUGGGGGUUAAGCACCCUCUAUGACAGGUCGGGCACUGAAGUCAUUUGGAAGUGGGAGCAGAGCCCUGUGUGAUGCUCCCCGCCUGCUGGCCCUAACCUGUCUGUCCCACAGCCUCCACAGCAUGCUGCCUCCUGGGCUGGUUCCAGGUCCCUCUUGCCACUUGAGCAAACUCCAAGAUACUUCUUCCCCUGGCAUCAGCAAUUACACCAAGGGCCAUUAGGCUCUCAGCAGGACUAUUUUUACCCUCGACGUUUUUUUUUUUCUCCUGUGUGAAAAUAUCCCUCUCUCCAUCCGCAACAGCUGCCCUGUUGACUGCACCUCCCUUCCCUGGCCCCAGAGAAAGGGGGCUUGGUCCACUCGCACCUUGUCCCAUUGCCCGAGACCAGGGGGAGCAGGGCAGGCCCUGGUUCGGAGAUGUUUGCAUUCUGCACAGCUGUAGUUCCUUAAUUAAAAGUGCACUGUUGGUUGAUGCU